AUGAACACCCAAUCCCAUCAAAACGAAGAUAUACAAGGCGAAGAAACUGUCGUUGUCAACCCACAAGAGAUAGCAGAAUUCGUCAGUCUAUCAAUUAUCCUAUACGGCAUUCAUUAUAAGCCUAACAAUCAUUUUCAGAUCAAUCAGCGGGAAUCAGAACGAAGUCCUCUGGGGGAAAGCGCUUUAAAUUUGCCUGGCGAUCUUGCUAUCAAUAUCCAACCCCCUAGCGAGGCGGGAAACAGCCAAGAUGCCAAGUCUAAUGCGUCUGGGCAUGGAACUUCGAAGCCUAGUACUGUUUAUGACAGAGGUAAUAGCGAAAGGCUUCGCGAUAACAGACGAGAAGCCUAUCUCCAGUAUCAAGCAAUACCGGAAUCAUCAGAUCGUGCUCUCGCAGGAACUGGUAGUUGGUCAGAUACUAAUGAGCCAGGCAUGGCAAAACGACUGCGAGAUGCUAUGAUAGACUCCGCAGACGGCAAGAAGUUCUUGCCUCUCGACAAGCUAGAAAUGAUUGUAACUGAGGAAGCAGUUCGCAAGGAGCUUGCUCGUAACCCUGAACGAAUCUCUCCGCAACUCAUUUGCAAGAGACAAGAGAUCAUCGACAAUGACAGAACACAAUACACGUCAUAUCAAAAGAUAUUCGCAAUAUUAGUUCUUAUAAGCCAGGUGCACCUCAUCUCCGACUUCCUAGAUGAGGAAAUAAGGGACUGGGACCUACCCCUAGAGUCCAGGUGUCCUGAAGAAGACACCUUUCUUGUUUCACAACGCAGGACAGAGAAUCCUAGGCCGGGCUACCGGCUCCAGACCCGUUACAAAUGGUCAGCUAGUCGGAUUGCCUUUUUCGAAAGUCAGCAGUGGAUUGUAUGCUCCCCCUUUUUCUCGAGGGCAGAGCACCUUGGGGAGAAGGUCCACCUAUAUCAGCUGAGUGCCCACGACGUGCUCCCUUUCAUCAAGCCGGGGACAGAUGACCGAGGAAAUCCUGCUUUUCUCAACCACGGCUUUUUCUCUACCGUUCGGCGCGUCAAGAUCCAUCCGGCACACCACAACUUCCCGGUCCACAAAGAUAAUAGCGGCGCAGACUUUGCCGUGAAAGAGAUUACUAGAAUAUGGGAUAUAAACGACGAGCAGGGCGACCCAAGGGAUUACAAAAGAAGUUUCGACCAAGAGGUUUCGGCCUUGAAGAGGUUUUGCCAGAGGAAUGAGCGGUACAUUGUAAAACUACUUGCCACCUACGAAAUCAACGGCAGAUAUCAUCUCCUUUUCCCAGCGGCAGACGGAAAUCUUAUGAAUCACUGGGAAGAACAUCCAGAACCAGAACGAAUACCUGCAUUGUGGUUUGCAGAGGAGUCUCUAGGAAUUGCACAGGCCUUACUAAAGAUUCACAGAUACACCUAUACACCGCCGAGUGGAACAGUUGGCACAUUUCUGAGUCCUCAGCAGAUACAAGACCAUGGCAUACACGGUGAUAUAAAACCACAAAACAUUUUAUGGUAUAAAAGGCUUCCCGGUCACCUGACGGAGGGUACAUCCCCAAUAGUCGAUUCAUCUGGUCUCGGAUAUCUCCAGAUUUCCGACUUUGGCACAGUCAAGUUUCAUCGGUAUAUGUCGACGAAGAACAACGAAAUAUUAGUUAGGGGCAACACGUACCGAGCCCCUGAAUCUGACCUCGCGGGUAACCAGGGCUCACCGGCAAUCGACAUUUGGGCCUUUGGAUGUCUCUAUCUAGAUUUGAUUACAUGGUAUGUUCGAGGUGGCAAAAGCGUCUGCGAAGACUUUCCUAGAGCUCGUGAAGCGGAUGAGCCGAAGCAGUCGAUUGAAGGCUUCAGUGGCGAAGACAAGUUCUACAUUGCCAAGAGAGAGCUGUUUACUGGGCGGCAGUUCCAUAUCGUUAAGCCGAGGGUCUCGGAGUGGAUCAUGCGCCUCCGAAGAGCCCCACGCUGCUCUCAGUUCAUCCACGAUUUCUUGGACUUUAUCGAAAUUCAAAUGUUAGUCAUAAGUCCAGAGAAAAGAUGCAGAUGCUCUAUGAUUGUUCGCAAAUUACACCAGCUUCAGCAGAAGUGCAUUGCCGACGAAGAAUACCACAGCCUCGGAAAACCCCACACAUGGGUGAACCUAAGGUCUAACCUCACCCUCUUAAAAGCGAAGUCGCGACAGCUUGCACAAUUCAUCGAUUGCCAUGGGCAAAUCGUCUCGCUUAUACUAGUUACGAUUAUCCUAAUAAUAAUGUUCCUUGUUUGGAUUUAUGGAGAAGGUAGCAUGAAGGACCUCGAUAAUAGACCGGAUCUUCAGCUUUGAGCCCAAUUUCAGUUCGGGCAUCACGAUAUUGACCAAGAGGCACCAAAAUACCUAGGCGACCUUGCUGUUUCAAGGGGAAGUUCAAGCUAACUUGU